ACAGAACAAUAUUAACAGUUUGAAAAUAAGCUCUGUACGGCCGUAGUCGUUAGCUAAAAAGUGAUCUAUUCAAAGCAAAUUGAUUAAGUCUUGCAGUUUUAGUGUGCUUUAUUGCCCAUUGAAUGGGAUGCACAUAUCUGCUUUUCUUGGAUACCCGGAAAAUCCAGUGAAAUUCUGACCUGGCACGUAAUUGCAAUGCAUCUAACCAUCGGCUAUGUUUUCGAUUGUGAUUCUCGUGUCUAAGUUUUGAAAUAUUUUUCAAUCAGUGUGUACAAGUGCGUUAUUUCUUGAAUAAUUCGACUAAAGUUAUUAGUUUGGCAUUCCGCGAAAAAUUGGUAUAUAAAGAAAUGGCAAAGAUCUCGAAGUCCUUCCUUUUUAUACCAAACGAAUACAAUGUGACUAGAGUUAUAAAUUUGACAACGAAUGCUUAGCACGCAUGUGCGGUGCAAUUACUGAGCGUAAACAUCGUGGAAUUUACAACCAAUGCUGCUUAAUUAUAUUUUCCAGUAAAUACCGACAAAUUGAUUUUUGUCUUUUUCUAACGGUUCGAAUGAAUUUCGAUAUGAAAAGUGAUCACGUGGUUCUUUGUCGUGAAUAGUGUUGCGAAUUACGUGAGGAGUACUUUCGAGGAAGAAUUACAGAAGUGGAUUGCAUCAAUGUGAUAUUAAAUAGUUUCCUGGUCGUAUAUUGCACGAAGGUGAGCGAUACACAUCAAACAAAAUGGACGAGUAUGAUAAGAAAUUUGCUGAGAUGCAAAAGUACAUUCCGUUUUUGGAAGCGAUGAUAGAGCGACUGCAAAACGUUAAGGACAAAUCGCGAGAAGUACAACUGCAGAAAAUGCAAAGUCUACAUGGAAUCCUAUCGAACAGCAAGAGGAAGCUGAAGAUUGAGACGUUGCAGCGAUGCGAAGACGUUCUGCAGAAGUUACACAACAAAGUGGAAAAGUUUCAGGGAAAUACGCCCGGAUUGCAUUUUCCGCACAAGAAAAAUGAAUCUAGCUCAGCACAAUGUUCAAAUAUACUUGAAGAUGUAAAGCCUCAUACAGAAGAUGUUAUGGAGGACCGAGAGAUCCACGAGACGCCAGCCAGUCCAACUCCUCCGGUUAGCCCAGACUCGGGUUCUCAAGUGGCGCCGAUAAUAAUUCCUACUGAACGCAGUCUAGAUUUCGAUGACAAAUCUGACAGCAAACCAGCCUCUCCCGACCCCAUAGAAACUUUACCAACCAAAGAUCCCAUCAUCAUACCUACAGAGAGGACGAGUAACGAUGUACCUCCCUCGCCACAGAGUUUGUGUAAAAACGCGGAUAAUGUAUCGUUCGCCGAAUGGGAUAUGCUCGAGGAGAACGAAAAUCACAUCUCGAGGAACAAAAAUUGGCAGACGAUCAUUACUUCUAGCCACGAUGGUGUUACUGUGUCCAAGAUGGUUGAAAGUAAUCUGUCUCCAAAGGUGAACGAUGGCAGAUCUCACAUGCCUAUAUCGAUUCACCCGUCUCGACAAAUACAAACCGUGCCAGUCCCCUCUUUGGGCGGUUCCAGAAGAUUGUCGUCGAUAUUAGAAAAGAAUCGAAUGAUGGGAAUAAACAUGGAUCAGGUUUCGUUAGAAUCUAGCCCUGAAUCACCUGUUAAUAUGCCUGAUGCACAGUUGAAGUCACCAGAUUUGGAGAUUUUGUUCCCAAAACUUUGUAAGAACACUUCACUUCGGUCAAAGGAAAUUUCGAGGCCUGGUUCCAAACCAUCAGCACCAUUGUUGCUCUCACCACCUCCCGUUUCUACAGGACCGCCAUUGUCCAUGGAAGAUCUGGCUGAGCUGUUGAACGAAGAAGAUGAUAGCAAGAUGGAAAAGAAGGAUGAUAGGUUAAGAGAGGAUUCAGGUAAAUUCAAGAAGGAUAAACAGGAAUUAGGUGGGAAUGUUAAGGAUCCAAAGACAUCUAAAUCAUUUCUGCUAACACAAGAGGAUAUUGAUAGCGAGAGUGAGAGACGUUGGGAAGAGAUAGACAAGCAUAUAGUUAAGUUAACCAGUAGGAAAUGUCUACCCAGUGGCUCAAAAGUCGAUCCUCUCAAGUCUGGUGAAACUAAGGGAUCACCUCAAGGUAGUUUAGGUCAUGCUUCUAGUUCGUUUAUGGCUACUAUGUCUGUCGACAACAGAAAUGUACCAUCUUCACCUAGUUCCAAGACAGAGCCUCGUUUUGCGGAUAACUACGAGCGCCAUCCUCGCCAGUUGCGUGACAACCAGGGCCAUGAUAUGGACAAAUCUAACGUGCACAACAUACACUGUCGACCCGACGACGAUAUGUCCAAUCAGAUACAUCAUGGCAGUUCGGUCAAGCCGGAUGACAGAAACACUGUGUUGUAUCAGAGACGUCAGGGGAACAUUGGACCUGAGAUGGUACCACCUAGGAUAGACACUGAGUUCAGAAUAGAAGGACCCGAGUACUUCAAUAGACAAGUAACAAACCAAGGCCACUGGCCUUCCAUGCACCCGCCCGUGAAUACGAAUGAUUAUUGCAACAACCAGUGGCCAUCGUCUUCCAAUUUUAGCGGUAUGCCUAGUUCUCCUGCCCAAACGUAUCCACAUCCGAUAGGUAUGCCACACCAAGAGAUGUGGAACGUAGGUGCCAAUAGAGAGACCAUUCAUAUGGAUCCUCAUCAAAUGAACGAGGGCCAGAUAAGGCCUAACCAGUUCCCUCCAAACAUGAAUGUUGGUAUUAGACCUCUAAUGAGUCCCAAUACGAGAUCUCAGGAUAUGAAUCAUAUUCCACGAUCAGACGAUAUAUCCAAUAUGGACGUACCUAAUGUACCUACCAUACAGCCUUUAAUAUCACCUACGAGGUUUCCUGUUGGGUCACAGUACAGGAACUUUCAGGGAGAGAAUAGGCCUUAUGAGCCGCCUUUUGAUAGAGGAAUGGAAUAUCCUCACCAGAGGCAGCCAUGGGAUUCUCCGAUUAACCGACCAAAUGAUGUACCAUAUAGACCAGAGAACGAAGUUCCUUGUGGUGUAAUGGGGCCUACAGAAGGUCCUUCAGGGCCGUAUCCGAGGCCCAGCACUCCCUGUCCGUGGAACAGAGACAGGGACCGCAAUGGUAGAGGGCGUAACACGUAUUACAAUGAAAGGAAUAGAGGAGAAUCUAGGAAUAAUUUCAAUCGUGAUACUCGUAGGCCUGGUCCUAGGGACAAUCAUGGUGAGCGGGACAACUGUAAUAGGUUCGGUAGGGAUGCUAGAAACAUAUCUGACCGUGAUCCAAGAGUACGCAUGGAACACAAUGUAAAUAAUCAAGGCUCCAACCAGUCGAGGGAUAAUGGUACCUCGGUGAGAGAUCCUCGGUUGGCUAAGGAUAAACAUUUCCCAUCUCACAAAGGUAAAGAUAGUAGUUUCAAUGAGAGAGAUCCCAGAAAACGUUCGACGGGACCAGCGACUGCAACAUCGACGUUCAGGAAGAUCAAGGAAAAACCGAAAUCUCCUCCAAAGCCAGUUGAUAGCCAUAAACGUGUGGACACGGAAAAUAGUACUAAACAUACACAAGAGAAGACAACUAAAGACAAGAUGCAGUCACCUUUGGAGAGUUUGUACGGAGUUAUCGACACGAAGGCAAAGUCUGCACAAGGCUAUUGUUUACAAAAUUUUAAGAUCCCUAAAAUAAAACGUAACGAGUCAUCAGAGUCGCCCACGUCGAGUCACAUUUCUGAGGAAAUUAAAGAGUGUCCUUUGGAAAAGCAGGAUAAAGCAAGUAAAGCUGCUAAAAAAGACAAGGAAGACACAACUGCGGAAGUGAGCAGUAGCAGCGAUAGGAAUGUUCCGCUUGAAAAUUGGAAUGAAAGUAAUAUAGUCACUGAUAAAAAAGAGGAAUUGAAAGAAGAUAACAGUUUCAGGGAGACUCCUGUAGAAGAGAAUAGUGAUGUUAAUAUUUCUGAAUUAGAUUUUAUCAGUACUACCUCCUCCAAAUUACCUGAUAAUAUUGAGAAAUCUAAGAAAGAAGAAAUAGAGGGAUCCAAGUCAAAAGGCGAAAUGACUCAGGAAUGGAUAGAAGCUCUAAUUAGAAAAUCGUUUGAAUUUGGCGAGGGAAAGAAAUUCGUCGAACACGCGAAAUUCAUGCAGAAGCUGGGAGAAGUAUUGCAGGCGAAGAAGUUGAAGAAGAUCAAGAGGAUCAUUGAAUCAGAAUCAGAGAGUAGCAGUUCGGAUAAAGAUGAUACUCCUGAGACGAAGAAAGUUCAGACGAGGAAGAAGCGACGAGUAAUUUUUUCGGAUAGUUCCGAUGAAGAGUCUCUUGCUGAAAGGCUUGAUAUUCUAAAAACAGCGAACAAAGAAUUGAUUACAGGUACAUCAAUGGAUAACCAGGAAGAAAAGACAAAUACAAAUAUUGUGAAAGUAACUCCUAAUAUUGAAUCUUCAGAUCUUUCAAAAAAUGGACCAGAUCCUGAAAAUGUUACCACUAAAGAAGAGAUUGCACGUGUAGAAACGCAAAACGUUGCUGAAGAGAAGAAGGAGUCAAAUGAAGAUGAAAUAAAUAUAGACAAGGAGAAAAGUGUUCCAGAAACACCUAAAGAGAUUACCAAGGAUGAAUUGGCUGAAGAUAAAGAGGUUGUUUCAAAGAUACCAAAAGCCAAAGCAAAGAGGAGGAACUCCCUGGAGAUGUUGCAAGAAGAUAUUAGGGAAAUGUUCAUCAGUGAUGAUGUUGUGGCAGCAACUGGUUAUCGAUUAUGUAGAGCACAAAAAGAAAAUCAAAAUAAUGCAGGCACGAGUACUCCCAAUCAAAGUACUACGAGCAUAAAGAAGGACGAAUCGAAUAAACGUGAUUUGGAUGUAGAUUCUGAUGUAGAAGACACUGUGGUUUCGUCCAAGCAAAAAAAAUCUACAAAAUCACGUGUUUCUGACGAAUCAAGUAAGUCUAGAGGUAAAUCAAAGAAAGAGGUGCAAAGAAUCACUAGACAACAUUCAAAACAAUAUAAUCAAAGUUCAGAUAGUGAAGAGGAUCAACCAUUGGCGCUGAGAACAGAGUUAAUUCAAAAUUCUAGUUCAUUGUCUAAUCAAGAAACAUCUAAUGAAGAUUUUGAGGUACUAAGGCGAAGCAAACGUAUUAAUAAGGAAUCGAUAAAAGAACCACGAGUAGUAGUUGAGAAGACAAACAUUUCUAAGUUGGAAUGUUCUAAAGUGAUGUUCGAUAGCUCAUCUGAUGAGAGUUUUGGGAUAGAUGUGUCUGAACUGGCUGCAGCUGUGGACAUCUCAAUUCAUCCUGAUAAGCAGUCUGAAUCUGAGGCAGUAGAACAAACAGAGAAGAAGAAGGAUGUUCAAACAUCUUCUAGAAAGUCUACAAGGAAGAAAGGAAACGAACUGCUGAAUGAAAGUAAAGAUGAUGUUCAAUUUACUGAUGAAGAAAGUAUUACAUCUGAUAUUUCUAUGUCGAGUAGCGUAACUUCUAGCAAAAAGACAGGCGUUAUUUCAACUACAAUGGAUACUAGUGGUAAUGAGAAGUUAUUGAGUAACAUAUUAGUGGGAUUAGUACCAGUAAAGAAUGAUGCAGAUAAGGACUCAUCAAUAGCGGACAAAGGAAGCGACGCAGACGUCGAUGAUGAUGUUAGCGAUCAAUUACCGGCUGAAUCAAGUACGAAGAAGUCUUCAGCGAAGAAGAAGAAGAAAAAGUAUAAUUGGCAGAUGGGUAUUUUGUACAAAAAAAGAAAGAAGAAGACUCUUACAGCUUCAUCUUCCAAGGGUGACUGUGAGCUUAAUGCUAGCUCUGAAAUAGAUAUUUCUAACAAAGGAGAUACUAUUUCAGAAAAUACAACAAGCAAAAACAGUAGUUCACCCAAUAAUACAAAGCAAAAUAUUUCCAAGAAGCUUAAGAAUGAUGUUAAAGAUACUAAUUCUAAUGAGAUUCUUCAAGAUAAUUCGAAAGACAAAAAAGAAGAGGUAUCCAUAAUAACAUCUGAUCCUACAGAGAAGAAAAAAUCUUCUUUAAGUAAAGUUUGUUCUAAUGAACAGUUAUUGGAAAAAGAUAACGAACAAACCAACCGUAACGUUGAAAAGAACGUCGUUAAAAAUAAAAUUGAUCUAGAUAGAUCUUUUUCUGAUUUAGAUGUAAAAAAAUUAAUUGAUUAUGCUUGGACGGGCCAAGAAAAGUAUAAUUGUCUGCUUUGUUUGUUCAUUGGUAAAAAUAUUGUUCACCAUUACAAAUUAAACCAUCCUGGAAAGGAAAUUCUGAUUUCCAGAUUGAAACAGUCAGAUGCUCUAUUAGCCAUUCAAGAUGCGAAUGACAAUAAUGUGGAAAGUCCAUCAAUGGAACCUCUUGCAGAAAAAAUCUGUAAAUUUCGUUGCAGAUUUUGCUUUUUGUUCAGUGAAGGAGCUGCCAAGAUUGCAAUGGAAGCAUUUUAUGAACAUUGUACUACUCACACAGGAGAAUACAGGUUUCGAUGCAAUAGUUGUCCUUAUCAAACUGUAGCCAAGUCCUCCAUGAGAACUCAUUAUUAUAAAGUAUGUCGCAAAUUUAAAGAUACUUUUGUUGAAGCCAUAACUGAAGAUGAAAUACCUACUGAAAAUCGCAUUUAUGGUUAUUUAUGCUCAUGUUGUAAUUUCGUUCAAUUAAAGAAGUCCAAUGUGGAGGAACAUGUUAAUCUAUGGCAUAAGGACGAUUUGAGUGUUAAGAUUGUUAAGAUAAACAUGUCCUUAGAUGCAGUUGAAGAAGAAUUUGAUGAACAAGUUGAUGUACCAGAGAAAAAGAUAAAGCUAGAAGUAACCCAGUCAAAUUCAAAGAAAGGAUCAGUAAAUGAAGUAGUAAAACUGAUUGAACAGAAUGACGAUGAUAUCACUGAAAUAGAAGUGAUAAAGAAGGAUAAAAUGUCUGAUGACGGGGAUAAGAAAAUAAAAGAUGUACCUGAAGUUAAACAUCAAGAAGAGAAUCAUUCUGAACCACAAGUUACUACUGAUGAUGAAAACAAGAAACCACCACAAAUGGAUAUGGAUUCCAAUUUACCAUCAGGAAAUCUGAAUGUAUUCGUUUGUCCACCAGAGUUGGAAAAGAAAGAAGUAGAAAUUCAGCUCGAACGUAAGAAAAAAAUGCAAGAAAUUAUUCAAAACAUUGGCAUUAAAUUACAAAGGGACGCAUCUAAAAAAGGUUUGUCCAUUAUAGAUAAAUUGAAGGAUAAAAUGAAGACUGAUUUAACAGCAGCAAAUAACGAAACUGAUUCAAAUGUAGUAUCGAAUUCUUCAGAUAAAAGUCCAAUUAAUAUCACGACUUCACCGACUCCAUCAAUGCCACCUCAAAGUAAUACCACUGAAUUGCCUUGUAACUCUGAAAUUCCUUCACUGGUAGAUUCAGAGAAAAAUCUAUCAUUGGCUGAAGGAACUUCAAAUGAUAAACUUGAGGAUAGUACUUCGCAAAACCAAUCAUUUAGCACAAAAUGUAAUUCAAAGUCUACAUCUGAAACAAAUCUAACAAAUUCAAUGACCAAGGUUCCAUUGGCAAUAUUGGAUACAAAGAAGAAUGAAGAAAGCGAUGCAGAAACUAGUGAUAAUGAGAAUAUGAGGCAUAGUGCUCCCAUUUAUGACUCUGAUUCUAGUAGCGAACAGUCAGAUAGUGAACUGCCUACUGAUGUUAACAUGAUCUUGAAGGAAACUUCAAGUAUGAAUGCAUCUUGUAAAGAUCCAAUGUUUACCACUAUACAGAGACUUGCUGCUCAACUUCAAGCUACAAAACAAGAUGAAACUUCUUCUAAACCUGAAGACUCUAAAAGAUCGUUUCCUUUUGGUUCUAUUCCCAAACCACCAGAUGUUGUUCCUAUAUCUAGUAUUAAAAAAUUUUUCGGGAAAAAGGAAAGUAGAUUUCACGAGAUAUCGCAUGAUUCGCACGACGAUAGUAAUCCACCUAAGAACUUGAUCCGUUUGAGACGUCUAAGUGGAGAUAUGUUGUCGGUACCCAUGCAGUUGUUAGACGCCCAAGAAGAUCUAUCUCUAAUAAAGAACGAUGCGAGUCAAUCCAGUACUUCAGAUACAACGGAUUCCAUGUUAAAAUCAGAUGUUGAAGAAGAGUGUUCAUUCUUGAAAAUCGAAAAUGUAGUUAGUCUUGCACCAAGAGCUGAUGGCGCCGAAAGUCCCAUUAUAAAUGAUAUAAGAAAAGCAGUUGAAAUUGUCCCCAAAGAUACUCCUAUAAAAAGCAAGGGGGUAUCUUUACUGAAAAAGUCUAAUUCGCCUCUAAUUUUAAAGAGAUUUAAUGCUGUAUCUAUCACGCAGACAUUAACGAGGAAUAUACAGACAGUGCAAUCCACACCAGAAAAAGUAAAACUAAUUCCAGUGAAGAGUCUAUCCCCUUCUCCAGUUGUAACCACCACACAGCUUACCACCAAUUUCAUUCCAAUUGCUCCAAAAUCAACAAUUAUUCAAAUAGAUAGUAAAUUGCCUUUAGUGACUCCAUCGCAAUCGUCGCAGAAUUUGAAUUACAAAAUCGUCAAACUUGUUCGAACGCCAGCUCUAAUAAAACCAAAAGAACCUUUAGCCACAGUCUCGGCAGUUAAAUUAAAAUCCGCGGAUGCAUACAAAGCGAUGUUGAAGGCUACUAAAUUGAUUCAUUUGUACAAGUGCAUGGCACGUGAUUGUCGCUUCAGCACUGAUGUAUUGUCUAUAUAUCAUCAGCACUAUCUUCAACACGUAAAUCAAACCGAAAAUACGACGAUGCCACCGCCAUUUGAUUACCAAAAAUGUGCCUAUUGUUACAUGAUAUUGGAGGAUUGGAAUCAAAUGAAAACGCAUAUCGAUGAAAAACACGCGCAUUGCCGUUACCAGUGCAUGUACUGUUUUUAUAGAGCUAUUGUACCUUCUUACGUGCAAAUACAUCAGAUAAUGAUUCACCCUAGAAAUCGUGGUCUUCUACUUGGUAAUCCCGUGAAAGAGAUACCAUCAAAAGAAGAAGUCAAUCGACACGACACCAUAUAUCCUUACGUGUGCCAACAUGAUUGCGGAAAGUUUUUCUUUGUUCCCGAAUCUUUUAUAGCGCACUUGAAAAAUAAACAUGGAACGCUUCUUUCUGGCUAUAAGUGUCACGUGUGUCGUACUACUUUCAUGAAAAUCGAUCAAUUAAUGACGCACUAUAGAACGCAUGGGUUUUACAAGUUUCAAUGUCUGUAUUGUUUGAAUGGUUCGGACCACUUAAGCGAACUGCAUAAUCAUUUGAGCACGUUUCAUUGCAAUCGAUUACCACAGGUUCUUGAGCGAACUCUUCCUCUUCAGCCAAUACGAAACAAAGACGUAAUGGAACAAUUAAUUAUAAGAACAUUGGAUGACACUUUGAAAAUCACAGAAGAAGUGAUUGACCUGGAGAACGAAGGCGAGCACAAUAAAGAAACUGAUACAGACAUUGUUAACACGUCUUCGUCUCCCGCUAUAGUUUUUCCUCAAUUAUCUAAUGAUGUAAAUUUGUUGAACAAGGACGAAAACGAGGCGUUAAAUAAAUCCUUUUCGAGGUUAUUUGGAAAUGCCAAUAAUUCAAAUAGCUCUCUCAAUGCUAAAACCUCACAACAUGAAAAAUCAUUAAAUGAGAGUUCCAACGAUAGUGCAGUGAGCAAGAUAUUCGAAAGUUGUUUAAUGGAUGACUCGGACGUUUUGGCAACGCAGGUUUCGGAUGGAGAAUCCGCAGACAAAAGUUUAUUAGAUAAAUCUAAAAAGACCAAUAUUCUCACUGACAAAAGCUCUGUGGAGCCAACAGAAGCUUCCAAAGGAUCUUUUGAUUGCAGCGACGAAUUUAUAAAUAUCAAUUUACUGGACAACCCUGAUUUCCUGAAAAAAGUCAAUCAUUCUAUUAAUAUAACUCGCAUGAAUACUUCAUCCGCUACGGAAUGUAAAAUGGAAGAUAGCGACAUUGAAAUUGUAGAUAUCGACGAUACGGAAGUUAUUCCAAUAAAAAAUAUAAAAUCCGAAUCGAACAAAAAGGAUAGCAUUGACGUAAGUGAGAUACAAAAUAUAAAUCCAAAAAAGGAUGUAAAAGAACAAUCUUCCAGUGAUGUCAGAGAUUCAAUCGCAUCUUGCGAUGCUAAAGAAGAUUCCACCAUGAAAACAGAUAAACCUUUAACUCUAGAUGAUAUUAAAGACACUGGCUUCUCAGGGACACAGUUAUACAAGUGCGGUUAUGAAACUUGCGAUUAUAGCUCACAAACUGCUCUUCAGUUAAAGACGCAUGUAAAAGAAUGUUCUUUGAGGGGUGAGAAUAAAAACUUGACCUGUGCUCAUUGUAGCAAACGUUUCUUGAAAAUUGGAUUUUUAUUAGAGCAUUUAAAAUCACAUGGACUAAAGCGAUUUGGUUGUUCAUUGUGCAAAAUGAGAUGUACAGUGGGUUACCAAGCAAUGGCGCAUAUGAAGAUGAAACAUAAAUGUGCAUAUAGUAAAUUAGUUCCGGCUGAUCCAAAAAAUCCAUCCGUUGAUGGGUUGUUCAUCGUACAACCUAUUCGUUACAAUGGAGAUCGUAAAGGAAAGAAGCGUAGAAGUAAUACAAAGUCAAGUGAAAAAGGCACUGAGAAGGCUACAACAGACACUGAGAAAUUCAGCUUCAGUCCUGAUGAAAUAGAUUCUUUGCCACUUCAAGCGAUCUACAACCGUGUAGUGCAAUGUGCAGUGUGUCCAUACACGACGAAAGUGCGUACGAAUAUCAUCAGACACUUGCGAUUGCAUGCAAAAGAUGAAAGCGUGCCAGAAAGUGGUCCCGUUAAUCCUGUGCCGUGCUUGGAUAAGAAGGAACGAAUGUUUGAUAAAAUGGUCAACUUAGCAAGUAGUUCUCAUCAAAAUGGUCGGAUGGGAGGGAAAUCUAAGGAGACUAACAAAAAUAACGAAGAUGAGUUCAUCCCGAAAUUUGUACCGGAGCAUAAGAGGCACGUUGUGGAGAGACAUCUUUCUGACAAACAUCCCGAAAAAAGACCUUUUGUGAAAGUAAUUAGAGAGUUGGAAAACACAGAGGGCAGUCAACAAUCCAUACAAGAAGAAGUCAAAGAGGAAGUACCAGAUCCGGAUGGAAAUCAUUGGAAAUGUAACUUCUGCGACUAUAAGUGUGUAUAUAAAGCGGAAAUGGCUAAUCAUACGUCUGUGACACAUGAUGAGAAGAGCCAAUACAAAUGUAACUCGUGUUCCUUUAAAACAAAUGGGAAAAUUAUGUUAGAACAACAUAUUAAUAGCAAGCACCCUAACGAUUUAAAUGUUGAUUAUAUUUUAAUGUAUCAACGAAUAAAAGGGGUGAAUAAGAAAAGUACAGAUAAUGUAGAGCAGACUGGACAAGAAGAACCUUUUGAUACUACUCCGCUUUGGAGAAGAGACAUGCCUCGAAUUAGACAUAUUCGCGGAAUCCUUCUUGAAGAAGAAGACGAAAUGUCCACUGAAUCUUCUUUAAAGUUAGGAAAACGGAAGAGUGACACAGACUUAGUCACUAAACCGGCUAAAAUAAAGCCGGGGAAAUCCAAUUCAUUAGAUGACACCAAGCAGACGAAAGAAAAAUCUAAACGGUCGUUGUCUUGUGACAAGGUAUCGACGGAAGUGGAACCUGCGACUAGUACGUCGAAUACGACAGAAAAAGCUAAGGAAACUAGAUCUAAAUCAAUUGAAGACAACGAUUUCAGUGAACCGGAUAUCGGAAAAUUUGGUCCUUAUGGGAAAGCAGAUGGUAAUAUGUAUGUCUGUACUUUGUGCACGCAGUUCAAGACAAAAUAUAAGCAUGAUAUGAGGGAUCAUCUUUACAGAGAAUUGAAUUACGCAAGAUGGCACUGUAAGGAAUGUGGAUAUUUGUCUGUAAACCGUAAUGCCUUGUUGAAGCAUUUUAAUAAACACCAUAAUGGGGAACGUCAUAAUCACGAACCAUUAUCUCCAGACGAUGAUAUCGAAGAAUGGGUUGGCACAUUAUUGAAGAGACAAACACUGAUGAUGAAGGGACUAUUAGCCAAGGAACAUGCAAGUGACGCAGAAUGUUCUGCAACUACAAGCAUAGCUGGAAAUAAUUCAAAACCAUCUUCUGCUAAAACUACCCAGAAUACCGUAACCAAAAUUCUUAAAACUGGAAAUACUGUUAGCAAGCCUGAUAAUAAGCAAGGCAACAAAGAACAAACUCCAGAAAACACCAUAAAAGUGCAAGCUGAGGAUAACAAGGAUGAUGCAGCUCCCAUUACCGAUGUAAGGACUGAGAGUGGAUCCCUGAAGAAGAAACCUGGGAAAAUUACUGAUAUAGAGAAAGGCAAGCCAGAUGAAGAGGAAGAGAAGCCAUUCACCUGCAAACAUUGCAAUAUGACAUUCUUCCGACGGCGUGGCUUCAAACUGCAUGUACAAUUGACACACUUAAAACGACUUGGAUUUAUCUGUCCUUACUGCGAUCGUAGCACGAACUCAGAGAGUUUAAUGCGACAACACAUUCGUUCAAAGCAUCCCGGUUGUCCCGAGAAAAUAGUUGAAAAUCCGGCAGCUGGCGGACCAGAAUUGCCGGAAGAAUUUUGGCGACAGGAAUACGGAAUCGUGUUUCCAAAGAGGAAAAGAAAACGAAAGACACAGAUGAGUGGAGGAGAAGUCACGGAAAAAGCUGAUGAUUUCAAUAUUGAACCGCAAGAAAAGUGCAACUUGUGCAACUUUACCGCUAUGAAUACGACUGGCCUCAAAAUACACAUGAGGAUACACAUGACUAAACAUAUACUGAAAUGUUUUUAUUGUAGUUUCACUGCAGCGACAAAGUCGGAAAUCUGGGAACAUUGGGAGGUCAAUCAUCCGUUUUCGCCAUUUAAAGUCGAAGACAUAUCACCAUCUGAAUCGUCUAGCGAAUCUACAGAGAUGGAGCUUGAUAAUAAGGCUAUCACUGAGGAUUACAACAAUGAUAUAGAGGAGGAACAGAUUUCUGACGCGAGAGAAGAUGAUUCGAUUUACUAUUGCCAUUAUUGUUCCUUCCGUAGUAAGUAUUUGAGCAUGGUACAGAAUCAUUGGAACAUAAUGCAUAAUGAAUCAACAUCGCAGACCGAUGCUCUUAAAACGAAGUCGAAACCGUUUAAAUAUAACGAGAUGAGAGUUUCAGCAAAAUCGUUGGCGAAGGCUCAAUGCUCGAAAACACAAACGGGAAGUCCUUACGAAUUAUAUUUACAACAAUCGCAUAGUGAUGUGCAAGAGGUGGAGAGUUCUGGAUUGAAACAAGAGGGUUGGAUUUGUCAGUGGUGUAACGAGUUAUGUGACUCUGAGAUCAAAAUGAAGACACAUCAUAGUAUGUUCCACUCGCAUUUGCCAUUAAAUUUCAGGAAACAAGAAAAGACUGAAAUGUCUCGAGGAUACGUUUGUCCUGAUUGUCCGUUCACCACAAUGUUUCUUAAUGUAAUGAAGAACCACGUGUCCAAACAUAUAAACCUAUUUAAAUGUAAAUACUGUGACAAGUCUUUCAGCUGUCCUUCGGAAGUCUCUACGCACAAUAGCGAAGAACAUCCUGGAAUGGAACUAAAAAUAGAAAGUAUUCCGAAUUAUGAGUCUUUGCUAGAGGAAAUGAUGAUUCAAGUGAAAUGGCAGAAGUUUGAGCCGAUUUCCGACAAAAACGAAAAUUCAAACCCGUCAAGAUCGGAAUUACCGCGGAAAAACAAUGCAGUUGCAAAAAAAUCUACGACUAAAAGUGCAUUUCGUCAUAAUGCAAUACCAUGCAGAAUAAAGGCGGUAGCUAGAAAAUCGACUAAUCCACAUUCGAGAUAUCUUAUCAGUAACAGAAUACAAGACAAGCAACAAGAGGCGAAAAGCAAACAGUUUUCCUAUUACGGCGCUCCCAGAAGUCCCGUCAAUUUAGCUAAGUUAAACACGUACAUGGUAGUUGGGGGGCAUCGAAUGAAAGUAAACUGUACCACUCUUGCGCAGUUAAUCAACAUCAAUCCGGAGAUAAUAUUAGAAGAUGUUAAGAGUAAUAUCAAAAACAUCCCAGCACUUAAAAAAUUGAAAUAACAAAUGGAAAUAUAGAAGGAAACUUAUCGUUUUCCACAUUAUCGACGUUGUUUAAUGUAAUAUAAUGAAUGGUAUAUAAAUAUUUAUUGCGUGACUAUUAUUGGUACAAUGAUCAAUAGUAACCAAAGUGACUCACGGUAUUAUACAUGCUUUUCUGUGACGUUAUACUUAAAAGAUACUAUAAUAAUCGAUGAAUUUUUGUAAAAUUCAUUGAUUCUCUCGUCGUAUUGUGAUGAGUAAUUGUAGAUAAUAUCCUCACAUUUGAUCGUUUCAUGGUUACAUAUUUUGUGCUUAUAUUCGUCAUAAGUGUAUAUUUAAAAAUUUUGAGAAAUAUGAAAAGAAUGAAUAUUUGUACUUCCUGCAAGAUUACGUUGCUCUUUUAUAAGUUAUCUUAUUGCAGAAUUGGAAUUACAUAAAAAGAAAAGGUUUUCAUAUGUACAAGAAUUAUAUUUAAUUAUAUUCAAUGUAACAGCAAUUUGCCAUCUGGACUUUAUCGAUAUUGUAUAUAGAUAUACUUUGCACAUAUAUUUCUAAGUAAACACAAUAUAAAAAUUUGUGAAAUGGGGAAACAAAUCGUGCCAUGCUAUAAGCUGGUAAAAAUUAUUCUGAAAAUCAAAACGCAAAAUUUUAACAUGGAAACUGUAAAUAAAAAUGUAUCAAUAUUUGUCUAAUUGAUGAAUAUUGAAUUUAUUUAUUUUGGAAUAUGUAAAAUCUCUUAGUAUAGAUAUCUUGAUUUUUUACGAAUAAUGAUAUCGUAAUAAUGUUAUUUUUAAGUACUUACACUUAAUGUUGAGCAGUUCUGUCAUGUUUUAUUAACUCGAAACAUUUGUUAAACAAUUUUCAGGAAAUAUUACACAUGCAUAUAUCAACUCAGGAAUAAUUAAACAUGGUGAAAUUAAAUCUGAAUCAAGAAGAACAAUUUUUAAAUGAUAUGUAUAAAAAAUUAAUUAAGAUUUGACACGUAAGAUUUAACGUUUAUCGAUGCUGAAAAAUCGUUAUCGGCGGUAAUAAUAAUAAUAAUAAUAAAGUAUUUACUCAUUAACUUAUUUUGAUAAAACUUAGUUCUUGCUUUAGAAAAGUAUCGGUAAAUAAGAAUUUUACGUGUUAAUAAAAUAUGUAAAGCUUUUGUUGCACUGAGUUCUGUGCUCGAAUUUUAAAAUUAAUCAUUUAACAUCGAAUGUAAGAUGAAAAUACAAGACUGAGUGUCCUGUAAGUAGUUUAAUUUACAAGAAAAAUUGUAAAUAUCGUGAGAUUGUAAAUAUAGAACUACACAUAAA